GGUUUGGUUAUGAGGGGUUGCACGCCGUGGAAAGGGCCUUUAAUUACUCGUUUCUCCUCUGAUGUCUCCUGGUCGAUUUGAUCGAUGAGCUUACCGUUCGCAAAUCCCUCUAUUCUCAACUCUUGACUUUCUUUGAUUUAUUUUAGUAUUCUAUACUUAGGCACUGGUUGAGCGCUGGGCGUCUUCGACAUUCAACAACGAGCUGGGCUCUAUUACUUUUAUAUCAGAUACAAUACCACUGACGAAUUAUCUUAAUCUAAUUAUAUUCGAGAUGUCUCCAGCGGCACAGUUUCAACUGUUUCCUCCUUCUUCACCAAAGAGGAGCGGUACCGAUCCCUUCCUCAGGGCCAGUCGAAGACGAAAGGAAGAAGAAAAGCCUCACAGUCCUGUUUCUUCAGAGGAAAUCAAAGCAUCAAAGGAUACAGAAGCUGUACUUCUUCGAAUAAUAGAGGAAACGAAUUCUAUACAGCCACCGCAGAGGGUUCAUCUGAAGUCGUCGACGUCUCCUGCUAAAGCACCUGAGCCAUCGCUACCAUCUAAGCCCGCUGAACCCGAUCGUGGCUUUGGAGGUCCGAAGAGCCAUUCUGAAAAGAAGACAUCGCCGGAGUCGUAUACUGCAAAGUCAAGCUCCACCACAUUGGUCGCGGGCAGUGUUGGGGUUUCUCAGCACAGGACAACCUCACCUCAAUCGGAUUCGAGGUCUCCAGAAUCUCCUUUUGUUCCGAUAAGAUCCAUAUUUCCACGCUACAAUCCCGAUUUGCCUCUAUCCGAGCAAAAUUACUAUCCGGUGGAUAUCGAACCGGUUAAUGCAUCUCGGGGACAAGACAGACUCGCGGUAUCGCAACCCGCAGAGAUUGACUUUGUCCUCGGUCCAAAAACUGUGCCAGCAAGCGUGAUGAACUUUCCCGAUGAUGCCCUUGACAAUGCGACUAUUCAUUACUCUUCCGCAGAAGACCUUGAGGUUCUCUGGGAAAUUGCCAAUGGGCAAAAGCCUCAAAAUAGGGCUGGGACCUUCAAUCUUCGGGUGACACGGAUUGACCCAGCCACAUUUACAUUCGGUGACCCGCACGUGCCAUUUUAUGCAAUGCAGACGUUCUCUACAAACGAAUUAGCAAUUACGAGGACGUAUCCUCGCAAGCCUAAUAAGAGCGUGCCCGUCAUGAUGCUUAAUUUGGAAGAUCGAAACCGUCGCCAGCCACCUAACGAUGGCCUCCUGACGCUGAUAUUCUCAAGGUUAGCAGCAAUGCUUGCUGUUGAUCAGGCGGCAGAGCUCAGCAGACAAAACCGUUUAGCACCUACGGAGGCUGUUGAGGUAGAAACGGAUGCCAUUAGACGAGCAGUUGCUCAUGAAUCAUGCCGAUUGGUAUGGAAUAAUAACCAGAAGCGGUAUGAACUGCGUCAUCCGGCUCUCGCAAAACGAAAGAUUGCAGCCCUUGUCGGCCAUGAUGGGAUCCCACUGUCUCCCGUCCAAACUAGGGAUCCGGGAACGCUUCAUAUUACUGUUUAUAGACCAUCAGAAGAUGGUAGCGGUACGCGACAGCCUCCAAUAAUCGUGGUUACAAAUCCAGUCUCCGACAGUGCUGUUGAAGCAGCCCAUCUUGCUGCUUCGCCUCGAACAUCCACUCUUCCUCUCACAGACGUUGAUGACCCUUUGGCGUCUCUUGACUUUGGCACAAUGACCCUGUCCAUUUCUGCUGGAUUGAUAGCAGCCACCAUUCCGUCCCUAUAUGCUGUGGAUUCCUUGGUCGCAGCGAUCCUUGCUGUAGCUGUCUCCGACGAAGCUACUAAUCACAUGCUAGCUGAUAUGGAGCUCUACGGAUCGGAUCAACGUCCUCAGAGACGCUCCAUAAUGUCAUCAGCUAGCAGCGAUACUAGAUAUACGGGUAAAUUUUUUACCACGCUUGCUGAGAGGGAUGAUGCCAGGGACAAGACAGAUCCGGUAUCACCAAUCAAGUCGACUAAGACAAAAGGGAAAGACAACGAUCGCCGCUCUUCCAGAUUCUGGGGUCGUUCAAAAUCAAAGAAGAAACAGAUCGUCGUUGAUGAGAUCGACUUGGAGAAGUAUGGACGAUAUGGCAAGGGUUCCUCGAGAGAGGGAGAGAAGUUGCCCGGUCCAACACGUGCAGUUUUGCGGUUCCUAUUCUGGAGCCUGGGCCUCGUUAUCAAAGGCUUAACUGUGACAGCAAAGAUGCUCGCCUGGCUCCUGGUAAAUAUUACGAGAUGCGUCACGAGUGAGAAAUUCUGAGCAUGUAUCCUUCGCAAGGUGUUGGUGUUGAAGCUGUACAACGAUAGUGGUCUUCUUGGUGGCUAACACCCAGCAGUUUUGACAAGCGGAU